AUGCCAAACCUUGAGCACGUGGAUUUACGUGUUAACGAGAUCACCGAAGUACCUGAAGAAGCAUUUGACGAAAGCGCGUCUCAGCUUGAGCACAUUUUAUUAGAUGGUAAAGAAAUGUUCCUGUACUAUCCUACUUCGAAUGAAUGGUCAAAAUAUGGAAAAAUGCUGGAACCAAGACAUCACCAUUGCUCUGCAUACAUGGACGGAUAUGUUUACAUCAUAGGUGGCUGUAAUCCUAAAGAUACUAAAACUGACAAAAUAGUAGCAAGGAAGUCAUGUUUUAAGUUUGAUGUAAAGAGCGAAAAGUGGCAUAAGAUUGCCAAAAUGAACCACUGCCGCAUGUACCACGCCGUUUCUACUUUAGGGGGCAAGAUAUACGUCGUUGGCGGAAAGGAUCAUAAUGACAGGCUGCUAAGAUCCAUUGAAGUUUACCAUCCAGAAGAGAACGUUUGGAAAGAGUUGGAUUCGCCCCUUGACACACCCACGAUGGGUAUGGGUGUCACAGUCCAAGGAGGAAAGCUCUGGAUUAUUGGUGGAAUGGUACAAGAUCUUAGUGGAAAGAUAUGUGUCACCAAUGAGGUCAAAAGCUAUGAUCCCAAGAAAGAAAAAUGGAUGCAUGAAGUGAAAGAUCUUCCUGAUCCACGGGCUUUUGGGACAGCUGUAACUUUCGAAGAUAGAAUAUUCAUUAUCGGCGGAACGACAUGUUUGGACAACUCACUGGAAGAGCUCGAAAGCCUGAACAGUGUUCUUCAUUACGAAUUCAAAACAAAUCGAUGGGUCAUCACUUCGGAAUUGCCGUCUGCUCGCCAUUUUGUUGAAGUUUCUGCUUUAGAGAAGAACUUGUUCUCAUUGGGAGGGCUAUCAUCAAAGGCAGCUUCUAUUGAUGACGUACUACUCCAUGAUGAAUCAAGUGGUUCGUGGAAACAGUAUGGAACCUUGCCCAAAGCCCUUUGUGGCUUCUCCGCAGCGACUAUACCUGAACUCUGAUCAGAUGUUAAAGAAACUCACAUUUCAAUU